AUGUGGCAUCUCACCCUCUUCCUCCUUUCCUGCUUGGUCGAGGGCAAAAUAUCUGCCCACGAAAGACAAAAAGUAGUACAGGCUUACAACCCUCGACGGAACGCUAGCUCAGACUCAACACCUUUACAAGUGGGAAACGGGAACUUUGCCUUCGGCGCCGACAUCACCGGCCUGCAGACCUUCAAGCCCUAA